AGUGCAUUUUUAUUUUUAUUUAUUGCAAUAAAAGCGGGCUGGAAGUGAAUAGGUGUUUAUCAGUGAAGUGUCUAUCAUUGUGUCUAACAAUGGAGCACACGGAAACGAUAACGUUAACCGUUAACGAAAAACAGUAUACAUUAAAUACUAGUGAUGUAAAAGCAGGGGACUCCCUGAACUCCUACCUUAGGGACGUGUUGCACCUUACAGGCACCAAAAGAAUGUGCUUUGAGGGAGGCUGCGGAACCUGCACGGUAGCUGUGGAAGAAACAGUGGAUGGUAUACCUAACAUCUAUUCGGUUAUGUCCUGUCUAAUGCCACUCUUAUCCUGCGAUGGCAAGACAAUUCACACUGUUGAGGGAAUUGGUAAUCCAAUAAAAGGCUACCACAAGAUCCAGAAAACACUUGCUGAAAAUUAUGGCACGCAAUGCGGUUUUUGCACACCAGGAAUGGUAAUGAACAUGUACGCUCUGAGUGAGUCUGGUGUCAAAACUGAAAGAGAAAUUGAAGAUUCUUUUGGAGGAAAUAUAUGCAGGUGUACAGGAUACAGACCAAUAUUAAAAGCUUUCAAGGAACUAAUUGACAAAGAACCUAUUGCUGACAUAGAAGAUUUAAAGAUUUGUCCUAGCACCGGGAAAACUUGCAACAAUGGUUGUAAAAAUAAGCAAACUAAGGUUCUGGAACUUGGUGAUGCUAAGUGGGUCCAAGUUAAUUCUCUGAAAGAUUUAUUAUCUACUUUAAACAGGGUAACAACUACCAACUACAUGUUGGUAUCUGGAAAUACGGCUAAAGGUGUAAAGCGCAGCCUUGGCAACGCAGACUUCUAUAUAGAUAUUCAGAACGUGCCUGAGAUUAACGGCUAUUCCAUCACAGAAAAAUGUCUAACUCUUGGUGGAAAUGUAAAUCUGACACAGUUGAUGCACAUAUGCCAUGAAAAUUCCCAAAAAACGAACUAUUCAUUUUUGGAUACUAUUGAAAAACAUCUUGCUUGGGUAGCGACUGUGCAAAUCAGAAAUGUCGGCAGCAUUGCAGGAAAUUUAAUGAUAAAGUAUAAAGACAAUGAGUUUCAGUCAGAUGUGUUCAUUUUGCUUGAAACUUUUAAAGCCUCAAUUAUAACAGUUGAUGUUCAUGGUAAAGAAACAUCCACCACUGCUCAAGAAUUUUUGAAACUGGAUAUGACAAAACGUGUAAUCAAGUCCAUAGUAUUACAUUCUUUGGCUGAUACCUUAAAAUUUGGUUCCUAUAAGAUUAUGAGAAGAGCACAAAACGCCCAUGCUUUGGUAAACGCUGCAUUUUUGGUGGAACUGAAUAGCAAAAAUGUUGUCCAAUCGGCAACAAUUGUAUACGGUUGUAUUAAUAAGGACUUUAUACAUGCGAGUGCUACAGAAGCUCUACUAAAAGGGAAAACCUUAUUUAGUAAUGACACUUUACAACAAGUUUUUGACUCCUUAAAUAAAGAACUUGACUGCGACUAUGCUCCACCUGAUCCUUCUCCAGAAUUCAGAAAAAAUCUAGCCAUAGCUUUGUUUUAUAAGUUCAUUUUAAAAAUAUGUCCAGAAGACAUUGUAUUGGAAAAGUAUAAAAGUGGUGGAACCUUACUGGAUCGACCAAUCUCAACUGGAACUCAAGAAUAUGGUACUAAUGAAGAUGAAUGGCCUUUAACUCAACCCAUUCCAAAGUUGGAAUCUCUAGUACAAUGUUCUGGUGAAGCAGAAUACGUGAUGGACAAACCAAUUAGACCACAUGAAGUUUUUUGUUCAUUUGUGACAGCACAAGCUCUCCCUGGAUCGAAAAUUGUUACCAUUGAUGCCUCCAAGGCCCUAGCUCUUCCAGGAGUUGUAGCCUUCUAUGAUAUCAACGAUAUACCAGGAAGCAACGUCUUCACGCCAACAGACGUAAGCGUAUUUUCCGUAGAAGAGGAGUUAUUCUGCAGUGGCACAGUCAAAUAUUACAAUCAACCCAUAGGAAUAAUCGUCACAGAAUCAUUAAGUCUUACCUUUACAGCUAUCCCCUUGGUCAGUGUAACGUAUGAGGCUCCUACCAGUAAACCCUACCUAGACGUUAGAGAUGUAGUUAAGGAUAACGUGGAAUCUAGAAUUGAAUUACAAGAUACCAAUGAGCGAACUAGAACCGGUGAUGACGUAAAGAAAGUUGUUAAAGGAGACAUUUACUUAGGAGCACAAUACCAUUUCCAUAUGGAAGUUCAAAGUUGUAAAGUCGUACCACAUGAAGAUGGUAUCGACAUUUUUCCUGCUUCACAAUGGACGGAUGGCAACCAUAUCGGAGCUGCAGUUGUUUUGAAUUUACCUACAAAUAAGAUCAACGUGAAAGUCAAACGUCUAGGUGGAGGUUUUGGUGGCAAAAUGUUCAGGAGUGCAAUUGUGUCAUCGGCAACAGCUCUAGCAGCAUACAAACUUAAAAGACCUGCCACGAUGAUCAUGUCCUUCGAACAAAACAUGAACAUAAUCGGCAAGCGUUAUCCUACGUAUGUCACAUAUGAAGUGGGAGUAAACGAUGCAGGUGUUAUACAGUACUGGGAUUCUAAAGUAUAUUCCGACUUUGGUCUAGGAGGUAACGAGCCCUUGGGAGAUAUGCUGAUGGAUGGUGUAAGAAACUGUUAUGAUGUGUCCACUUGGGAAUUUUCUGCGUAUAAAGUGACGACAGAUACCGCACCAGGUAGCUACACGAGAGCUCCAGGAACUUUAGAAGGAAUUUGUACAACAGAAGUUAUAUUUGAUGAAAUUGCGUACGCCUUAAAUCUUGAUCCAAUGGAUGUCAGGCUAGCCAAUAUCACUAUACCGCAAAUUCCCAAGUACUUGGAAGAUUUAAAAAGUUGGGCUGAUGUUGAAAAUAGAAAAACCGCAGUUGCUAAAUUUAAUAAAGAGAACAGGUGGAAGAAACAAGGUCUCUCAAUAGUUCCAAUAGAGUGGUACUUGGAGGUUGCAGCAACUUACUCUGUAGUUGUUUCAAUUUUCCAUGCAGAUGGAGGGGUUGCCAUUACCCAUGCAGGUAUAGAAAUGGGCCAAGGUAUUAACACAAAGGCAGCUCAAGUCUGUGCCUAUAAAUUUGGGAUACCACUGGAAAAAGUGUCUGUUAAGCCUACUUACAAUUUCGUUAAUCCGAAUGCCACUAACACAGGAGGAAGCUUAACCAGUGAAGCAAUUGCUUAUAGUGUCAUCAAAGCUUGUGAUAAGCUUCUGGAACGCAUGCAGCCCAUAAAAGAUCAAUUGGAGGAUAAAUCUUGGGAAAAGGUUGUUACUGCGUCAUUUGCUGCAAAUAUUCAAUUAAACGCCACAGGAUUCUUUGGUACUGAAGACCCCAUGAUCCAAAAAUAUCCCAUAUAUGGUAUUUGUUGCACAACCGUUGAAGUAGAUUUGCUGACAGGCAAACAUGAAAUGCUGCAAGUGGAUAUUAUCGAGGAUUUAGGAGAAAGUAUGAGCCCGUUGGUAGACAUAGGCCAAAUUGAAGGAGCAUUUGUAAUGGGUGUCGGCUAUUUUACAACCGAAGAAUUGAUUUUUGAUAAAGAUGGUCAACUCUUGACUAACAGAACAUGGACAUACAAACCACCUGGUGCGAAAGAUAUUCCUCAGAAAUUUAAUGUAAAGUUCGCUGAAAACAGUCCCAAUCCAGUUGGAGUUUUGAAGUCCAAAGCUGUAGCUGAACCGCCCUUGUGUUUAACAGUAUCAGUCCCACUUGCUAUUCGGCAUGCACUGGCUUCUGCUAGGCAGAAUUCUGACGCAACCAAAGCAUUAACGGCACCAGUUGAUGGACCACUAACAGUUGAGAAGGUAUUCCUUAAUGCACUGAAUGAUUAUAAGCAGUAUGUUUUAAACUAAUAGAAAUGUUAAUUCAAUAUAUAAUAUGUAGUACUAAGCAUAAAUAUUUGUAGCUUUUUUGUCUAUUACGUAAUAUUGUUAAAUAAAUAAAUACGGUGAAGGAUU